AUGACUUUCCCCCGAGCUUUCAAAUUCUCCAGAGGUCUGGAGGACCUUUUCACAGUGAAACAGAAGAACCAGUCGCUAGAAGAAUACAUCUGGAAUUUCGAUCGAGCUUGGGCCGAGUUGGAGGAAUCGAACUUCAAGAACAUGCUUGAAGUUUAUCUCAAAGCAGCAAUCUUUUACCGUGGUCUUCAACCCCAUCUCCAGUUUCUGUCCCUCCUCCAUGAAAGAUCGACAUAUCUAAGGGACCUUCCCUAUGACUUCCUUGUUGAGUUCCUCCUGGUGGCGGAAGCGGAAAAGAAGACUCACACCCCUGCCAACAACGAUGACUUUUGGAGCGAUGCGAGCAAACUUACCGUCUUCCUUGAUGGAGAAUUCCUCUUCCAAGUUCCUAACGUUAGGGAUUCUUCUGACAACAUCUUGAUUCACCUCAAUCGUAAACUUCAGGAAGAUAAGCUCACUAAAGAAGGGGAUUGGAUCCAAAUCUUCCCUCCCUGUGUGAAGUUCAGCGCAACCAUCAAAGCCGCCUGCUUCGAGGUGGAUGAUAAAGGGACAGUCUUAGGUUACUGCAGUCCGGUCGGAGGGGGAUAUCACUGCUUGACUAACAUAAACUGCAACCUGAUCCUACUGUUCAGCGUGAAGGAAGAUCCGGAGAGAGAUGCUAAGGAGUUGAGGGCAGCUCUCAUGACGCCUGGGCUUGCAGAAAGAUUCGUGUCCGGUGGGGUUCUGCACUGA